CCACGUUCAUCGAUAAGCUUUUAAUUGCAGCCAAAUUAACAUGAUUGAUCAUCGAUUAGUGUAUAUUUAAUUUAACGAUAACGUCAGAGGAGAAAACUUUAUGAACAAAAUCAGCAAUUAUAUAAUCGUAAGAUUGAUUAAGAAAUUUAAUAACGCAUUAAUAAUUUUGAUUAUUGAUUAAUUGAUUAUAAAUUAAUAAAUUUUAUACGAAAAACGAUGCUAUGAUACUGGAAUCAAUUUUAUCAUGUUCUUAUUUAUUUCUAACAUGUGGAUCCUGUAUUUAUACCUUAAUAAGGCAUUCUUACGUUCAAUAUUCGAAAUUCCUUUCUCAUUUUGUGUGUGCAUGCUGCGGAAUCGCGACGAUUAGUACCCGAUCCUUCAUCGUUUUUGUGUACAAACUUUUCCUUAGAGAAUACAUUUUCGAUCCGAUAAUAAUACAGAUGGAGGAAGAAAGGAAUAAAGAAAGGUGUAAUGUUUUAUACGAAAUACUUGGCACUUUGAGCAUGGCCAGUUUAAUUUAUUCUUUAUAUUGUCAUCAUGGUUAUUGUAUCAUUGGUGUUUUUGUUGCUACCAGCAUAUCAAUUUUUGAUGUAUUUAAAUUAUACGAGAUGAGCGUUCCGAAACCAAAGGUAUUUAGGAAGCACUGUAUUAAUGUGAAAUUUUGUAAUUAUACGAAAUUUAAUAUGUUCAUUUGGGUGCUCGUUAGUGUUUGUUUCGCGUAUUCAGUAGGUAAUAAUUUUGCAUUGGCAGCAAAUUAUCCUUACCUUCUGACAAACUGGGUAUUCACCCCAGAAGGAUUUUAUGAAGGAUGGACGGUGCGAAGUACUAUUAAUGAUUAUAUGAUGGCUGCUUAUGUGAUAUGUAUAACAGAAGCAUUUAAAUUUUAAAGAAAUAAAAUCACGUUUGAAAGCCUUUAUCAAAAAAUUUGAAUGCCAUAAUUUCUGCAAGUGUAUGGAGAGGAAUCUUCGAUUAAUUGCCUCUUAGUCUUAGGGGAGCCUAGGAAAAGACUUUGGGAAUCCUAGGGAGAGCUUAGGAAAUGCCAUGGGAAAUCUAAGUAGGGCUUAGAAAAAGCUUUGACGAAACCUCCUGAGAACCUAGGAAAAGCCAUAGGGGAACCCAGCGGAGGAUCUAGGGAGAUCCUAAGGAAAAUCUUGAUAGAGCCUAAGGAGAAGUCAAGGAAAACCUUGAAAAAGCC